UCGGCGGAAGAAACGAACGGCGUGUACCCGCGCUUUGGUCUCCUAUACUUGCUGGUUAAUUGCCUGCCGAGAUGCUGACGGAGAGCGCGUCGUUGUCGGCGCCACUGGACAGCGGGGAGCGCCGCGCUGAAGCUCGCCACCGCCGCCGCGAGGCUGCUGCACCGUACUCCAAGCGGACAAAAGCCGCGGAAGACGAAGACGACGUCGAGUUCUUUGCUCGCGAAACAGACCACAACCGACGCGGAAGCGGCUUCCUGGCUCGUCUGGCCAGCUACAUCCCCAUUGUGAACAAGCUAGUGACGGAGAAGGGCGACGAGGAGGAAGCGGAGCUUCAGCCAGCCGUCGACACGUCCGUUGAUAGUAUCGACAUCCAGACGACACAGGAAGACGUAGACGAGGAAGACGAGGCGCAGGAAGAGACUGAGAAGGAACAGGAGACCCCGGAAGAGACUCAAAAAGAGACACCAGCGACACCCGAGCCAUUGUUAGAGAAGUCGAAGGAGCCGACUUCAAAAUCUGGAGAGUGCACGAUAUCCGCUCUUGGGGCAAAAUAG